UGUGAAGAAGAAGAAGAAGAAGAAGAGAAGGAGAAGCAAAGCCCUUAAAAAAAAAAAAAAAAAUUACUUCAACUUUACUGAAAAAUCCAUCUCUCUCAAAAAAAGAAAAAAUUAGAAAAAAGAAACUGUAACUCCAUCAUUCCAAGUUCCAACCAUUAGCUUCAGCAAACCCUAUUCACCUCGUUGAUGGCCGAAUCAAAACGCCAGACACUUUCUCCCGGAAAAGAUGGAGUGGUCGACAGGAUCAGUAAUCUACCGGAAUCUCUUCUCUGCCACAUCCUCUCCUUCCUUCCAACCAAAGACUCAAUCGCCACAAGCAUUUUGUCAACCAGGUGGAAGCUCCUUUGGACUCUCGUCCCAAAGCUAGACCUCGACAGUGAUACGAUUAACACUUCGGAGCUUUCAGCUGCUGCUGCUGCUGAUGAUGAUGAUGAUGAUGAAGAUGAUGAACGUGAGAUCAUGUUUGCACAUAUUGUGUCAAGCGUUUUGGCUCAACAAGAAUGUGGAGAGCUCCAAACUUUUCGGCUUCAAUGGAAAUUUGGGUGGGACGGUUCCCAUCUCGACGCAUGGCUUCGCACUGCUGCUGCUCGUAAAGUCAAAGAACUUGAUCUUGACAUUUUUAUGCACGACUGUGAUGUGGAAAAUCUGAAAUUGCCUCCAAGCUUUUUCUCUUGCAGGACAUUAGUGGUUCUGAAAUUAAGCGGUGAUAUUGAUAUUGAUAUUGAUAUUGACACUCCUUCAUUAUCCUUUAAUUUCCCGAGCCUAAAGAUACUGCAUCUACUAGAAAUUUCAUUGCCGAGUAACAUUAAUUCACAGGAACACUCUUUCUUGAGGCUCUUUUCUGGCUGCCCUGUCCUCGAAGAUUUGUCAUUUACAACUGACCUUUUCGAGGGUGAGUAUAAAUUAUGUGUACCCACUCUGAAACGCUUGAGUUUCAGCGAAAAUGUAUAUAAUGAAUCCGCAUACGAACUCGAGAUAAACGCCCCAGCUCUUGAGUACUUCAAUUUCGAAGGUGAUCUCCGAGACAUCAAAUUCCAUGAAAAACUAGACAACCUAGUUCAGGCAAAUGUCGAGUCGUAUGUGUAUGAAGAUGAACACAAAGAAUUUUACAGAGAAUGGGUAUUCAGGCUUUUUACUGCUCUGAGUAACGUCAAAUUUCUCUCAUUUUCCCCUUACGGCACAGAGUGGCACAACGUUGGAAAUAUUUAUCCUUCCUCAUUCCAGAAUUUGGUCCAACUGGACUUUAAUGUUACUGAUUGUAACUGGCCAAUGCUACAAGACUUGCUCCAGAAUGCUCCUAAUCUAGAAACUCUUGUUGUUACUAAGGAAUAUACUUAUGAUAAAAGCAACUUAUGCUGGAAGGAGCCACAAUAUGAUCGUGACUAUCUGUCAUCACAUCUUACAAGUUUUUAUUAUGGAGGAUUUGAAGGUUUGAAAGAUGAAGAGGAAUUUGUAAAAUAUAUUCUAAAGGAGGCAAGAGUUUUGAAGACUGCAACAAUUCAAGUUUAUAGAGAAAAGUCGAAGGAAAAUGUUCUUGAGAAACUGUCAAUGUUCCCAAGGCGCUCAACAACAUGUCUACUUAGAGUUGAAUGAGAUAUUUGAUCCAGGAGUUGCUGAAAAUCUCUUGCCAUCGGGGUGGGCAAUGUUUGUAGCUCAGCAAUUGUGAGGCAGAGUUGUCCCAUGGGAUGGGAAAUAGGUACAAUAGUUGAUGAUAUUUUACUCUCCAAAGAGAUUUUGUUAAUUGUAAAUUUUAGAGGGUGAAAAGAGAUUUUAAUGUAGCAGCUCAUGUACUUGUAAAAUGGGCCUUGAUAAACCCCCAUAUAGGUUGUUUGUUUGAUUCUUGUAUUUCCGAUUUUUUGGUUCAAGUUCUGGCUGUCAGCAUUUGUCCAUUUUGAGCUAUUAGAAAAUUUGUCGUUAUUGAUCAGCUAUACCCAUAUGCAUGCUUCUCAGUUUUCUUUUUUUUGGUUUAUGGUAUAUUUAGGAUAUUCUCCUCUGUACUAAUUAUGUAUUUGAGUUGCUUCUCUCUCUCAACUCUCUGUUCUGCGCCUCUUUCUUUGUUCAUUACCAAUCUCUGUUACGCCUCUUCAACAUACACUAUAAAAGAGUACUUAGUUAUUAUGUUGAAUUUCUUCGACCUUUUGCGUAGUGUAACUAAUUGCUAUAUAUCAAGAUCUACUUGUAUGCAUAAUUUUCCUUCUCCGGCAUCUUCUCAAGUUCUACCUUCUGAUGGCAUUAUUUGUGAUGGCAAUACCAGAGCCUUCCUCACAUUCAAUGUAAUUGUUGUCCCAAGGAUUCAAGUUUAAUUAUGUGCCUCUAAUCAAUGGGUUUGUGACAAGAAAGCUGCAAUACCUUCAUUUUAAAGGAACUUGUUGAGGUCUUUCCUUUUGGUUCAUAUCCACAUGGCGACUCUUCAUUUAUUCCCCAUAGACCAUGUUUUAACCCUUCCCAUGCCCUCUGGAAUAAAGAAUUUCCUUAGGCAUGCAUCUCAUAUUCUCCUGACAUGUCCUUUGGAUUCAUAUUGGGAUUCUUGAAAAGCAAAAGAAAAAGAAAGGAAUCCUCAUACUUUGGUCUUGCCAUGCUUCUUCCGACAAAGUCUGAACAUUUUAAGUUGAAGAAAAGGACAAAAAUUUUCAACUAAUUUUAAGUCAAAAAGUGAGAAAAACACUAUUCACUUUUAUUGUUCACAGAUUACUGUUCACGGAUUACUAUUCACUGACAUUGUUCACUUUUUAUUGUUCAUGACACUGUUCACUCCGAAAUUUUGCCUAUUUAAGGGGGGUUGUCUCUUAAGUUUUGGGUUAAAACAUGGUGUAUGCCUAAGU